AUGGGCUCAAUGGCAGGCACCGCCUUCCGUUUACCUCUAGACCCUGCGCAAGUCAGCUUCUCGGACGACGGGUCCCUGAACGACUACGACCUCACUUUAUCUCCACGAUCGGAUGAUAUCAGGAUGAUGCUAGACCCUAAUGAAUACCCCUACGACCUUGAUACGUCGGGAAUAAUUGGCCAGAAACAAAAUACAACCAAGGCGACCCAGCUCAAGCAACGACUAUCUAGCUUCGAGCAUUGCAAUACAGGCUUCCUAUCGAAUCCUCAUGGGGAUGCCGACAUCUACACCAGCCCAUACCCAAUUCAAGCCACAAUUCCGUGGGAAACUGAUUGCAUGCUAUAUCCGUCCUUGCCGCAGCGCAUGGUAAGAUACGCCUCUCCAUUUGGGUCCUGUGGGGGAGACCAAUCUACCUCAGACUCAUCCAUGAGCGAGUAUUCAUGGCAUUCUCCCAAGCUCUAUCCCAGUGUCAAUGAUGUAUUCGACUCACCCGUCAACGAGCAAUACCAUUACUCCGACAGCAUUGACCAUGCACUGUCGCGGAGCUUAAGCAGCUCUCAGUAUGGAAGCGACUGCUCAGUUUCACCCCGAGACGUGCAGCAUUAUCCCGACCCAAUUCCCGCACAGAGCCCUACCUUCGAUGACCUGAUGCCUUCCAAUAAGGCUCCUCGAUCCAUUCCAACUUUCAUGCCACAGCCUCUCUCUCUACAGAACCUAGACUCACGCCUAAAUCAGGACGAUCUAAUGUUCGGCGAACAUCUACAAGCUGGAAACAAUGAGAUCGUCGAUCCGGCAUUGGGCGAAGUCUACGCCGAUCACCGCAACAGUCUACCAGAAAUUACCGCUGCGGAAUUUGCCGGUUUACCCCACAAGCGUGUGAAAUACAACGAGAUGAAGGCAGAGGGAACCAUCUCGAUGUCAAGUCCCCCACUUUCCCCCAGCGGUAGCGAGGGCGGCGUACGCAAAAGCCGAGCAAAGCCAAAGCAAAAACAAUCAUCCCCAAUUAGCAAACGCACGGCCAGGCGCGGAAUCACAUCGAAGAGCUCAAGUUUCAGCAUGCCACGAAACCGUCAGCAGGCUGCCGAUCGUAUCUUUUCCUGUGUUUUCUCACCAUAUGGUUGCACAAGCUCCUUCGCCUCCAAGAACGAAUGGAAACGCCACGUCCUAUCACAACAUCUACAACUCGGGUUCUAUCGAUGUGACAUUGGCCACUGCAAAGUAACCAAACAAUCCCCUUCAUCCUCGGCAUCUACUCCCUACUCCUGCGACUGCUCAACUCCCAUCUCCUCCCCCCUUUCCCAUUCAUGCGCCAUUACGACCAUGCGCACGCCCAACGACUUCAACCGCAAGGAUUUAUUUACCCAGCACCUUCGUCGUAUGCACGCUCCUUGGUUGACCCUGCCUUCCCCGCAUGAGCCUACCAAAGGUGAACGUGAAGCCUUUGACAAACAACUUGACGAGGUACGCGCCAGAUGCUGGGUCCAGCAACGGCAAGCACCACAGCGAAGCCAAUGCAAUUAUUGCAGCCAUGAGUUCGUUGGCCCACACUCCUGGGAAGACCGCAUGGAGCAUGUGGGCAAGCAUUGUGAGGUAAUGGAUGUCGAGGAGCGCGAAGACCUUGCUUUGCGCGAGUGGGCGAUUGAAGAGGGUGUCAUCCAGCCAUAUGGGCCGGACAAGUGGCUUCUCGCAAGCAUCCUGAAUGGCAAUGGGAAGAAAUCUUGUGGCUAUUCCUCUUAA